AUGAUGAAUUCUAUUGAUGCAAAAAAAUUAUUUACAAUUAUAUUGGAUCGUUCGAUCGUCGGAGGAUUGUUGGGUUGUUCUUUAGCAUUUUGCGAUUGUUUGGUACAAUAUUGUCAAAAAAAUGAUAAAAAAUAUUCGGCGAAAUUCGUACAGAAAAUGAGUAAAACGGUUGCCAAAGGAGGAACCGUUGGAAUGAUAUGCGGUUCAAUUGUUGGAUUGAUAAUAGCAAUGGUAUCAUAA